AUGACAUACGCUGUGUUUAAUAUGCUGGCUGCAGCUUCCGUCACAUUUUGGAUGAUUUCACCAUUUUUGGAUAAUUCGUUCAGAACAGGACGAUUACCAAUCAUAUCCUGGUAUCCGUACGACAUAAAAAUUUCACCGUUUUAUGAACUCGCGUAUAUCCACCAAUGUCUGGCUUCUUACUACCUUGGUGCCGCUAUUGCAAAUAUCGACAUGAUGAUAGCAGCUUUGAUGGUGCAUAUCGGAGUUCAGUGUGAUAUAUUAUGUGAUAGUUUUAAAAAAUUACCAGUCCUAAAGUCUACAGGAAAGACUGAAGAUGACUUUUCAAAAAAUAUUAUAACAUGUGUUCAACAUCACAAACAAAUUUUGAGUUUUGCCAAAAGUAGUAACGAGUUUUUUGAUAAGAUUUUACUGGGGCAAUUUGCUACCAGUACGAUAGCCAUUGCGGUGUCCCUGUUUGAAAUGAGUUUGGUUGAUCCGUUCAGUGGUACCAGUUUGUCACAUCUUGCUUAUUUGAGUUCUGUGGUUUUUCAAGUGUUUCUGUAUUGCUGGUACGGUAACGAAAUAAAACUGAAGAAACUGAACUGA